AAUCAUUAGAGAAGGUCUAGGCCUCCUUUUCCACUUUAUAUGGCCAUUAUCGCUCAGAAAAUAUGGGCUUUUGUCGUUCUCAAUCUCAGAAGGUCAUACUGCUAACAUAGAGACUCUUAUCUGCACUGAAAAGGUCGAUUUUCUGGUCAAUAUCAAAAGCUAGCCGUAGCGCCUGUCACUGCGAUUGAAACCAUUUGUCAAAUGUGUGCCUGUCUUCACCCAAACCCACUUCUUCUCUUCUCGCCCGUCAACAGUCAGAGCUCAUCACAUGGGGUCUUCAGAUUCUCUUCUCGUAUCUCAAUCCUGACGGACCAAUACUGCGAUUCGUUCAGAUCAUGAUUCAUGAACAUCAAUUCGGCUUCCUCCUUGGAAGGUAUCGUCCUGGCCGUCGUCCCACACCUUUUUCGUCAGAGAGCGAAUUCGGGAUUCCAAGCUAGUACUGGUGUGAGUGCUGCCAUGCCAGGCGAAGCUCAGCGGCGGGAACUCGGAUUUUUCUUCUCGAAAGUAUUGAGACGUUUCCAAGGAGGUAAACCGCCGGUGGUUGAAAAGAGGGUGGCGCCUGGCAGCGGCAUCAAAGCUAAUCCCGGGGAGCGAUUCAUCUUGCACCGUGGCAUCGGUGAGAGCGCUGUCCGACACGGUCAAAGGGUUGGUUUCCGAGGUGGGACACCCUAUCGAAUUCUGAAGGCUUCUCAGAGCGUUCGUGUGCGAUUCAAUCAGGCUCUCGAUCACGCGGACAGACUCGGGCCCCGACCCAGGUGAAGACACUGGACGUGGAAUCCUACCAAUGGUCAAUCAGAGCCACCUCAGAUCUGCUCUCAGACGUACUCGGAGCUCUUGUUUCGUUCCCAGUAGAUGCACUUGAUCCCCUUGGCGGCACAAGUGCCACAGGUGGGCUUGGAGCCAUCACAGCGCCGCUUUCUACUUCUGCAUUAGUCCUGAGCGUCGAGCGGCGCCGCGAGGAACUUUACCUUUGCCGACAAUGUGAGCACGCCAUGUGCCAACUGCAACAACAUUGGGUGGCGUUCUAUGUACGUGUGUUUGAGAGAG